CCUCCCACUCCUCCCCAUCCCCGUCUCCGUUCUGAGUCUCAUCCUCAUCCUCAGCCACCAAAGUGACUAACCAACUUGGUCAGUCUGACAAUCCCUCUACCAUUCCUAUCCUGCACCAUCCGUCCUCAACUCCGCCAUCCCUCUCGUAACACUUGCUAUUUGGCUCUCACUGGGCUUUUCGCAACCUCGAUCCCUCUCCUGCGUACCAACGCGCCCUGUGUAACGCCCUCCAACUUCUUGACCACCGCUGUCACCCUCCCACACCCCUCCGACAUUUCGCUUUCGGUGAUGCCUUCAACAUCCACUCCUCAUUGCACUCCAGCCUCGACUUGUUAAACUCGCACCUGGCUUCCUGUCAGCAAUGGCCGGGCGGCCGAAUGCGCCCGAAGCUUCCCACAAUCCCUACUCCAAUCCUUACGACCAGAACGAUACACAACCUGUCUAUAGCUCAGGCCAACGUCCGCCAGUGGAUGACAGCCAACUCCUCAACACCUUCAAUAUCGAUGAUUCGGACCAACCGCAGCCCAGACCAUCCACCAGCUAUGAUGAAUUUGUCGGCGGGCGACCCGUCCAGGCACAACACCAGGCCGUUGCUGGAGCCUCGUCUCGACCCUUUACUGCGCCAUAUAUGGACAAUGGUACGAGAAACUAUUCACAGACGUCGGAUCUAAACAAUUAUUCCAAGUAUGGCGAUGACAUUGUCGAUGAUGACGCCGGCUAUCAUUACUACGAUGGGGGAGGAGCAUCUGACGAUCAUAUACCCGGCGGCGGGGUCAAAGUCAUGGGCGGUCAUCAGAACAAUCGGGCGAGUAUUAUGACCAUGACCGGUGUUAUGGAUAGAGCCAAGGGUAUGCUGGGAAUGAGAGACAGCCACAACUACUCCGACAUGAACCUCCCCUUGACUGAAGGAGGUUCACGGCCCAGAGCCGACACCGCAGGCACUGAUGACACUCGGCAUACGCAAGAGAAAAGGUCGUUUGGGGACACUGUCAAAUCCAUCUUCAGGCGCAAAAAGGUCGACCCAGCCUCCCUAGGACCUCGUAUCAUCCACCUCAACAAUGCUCCCGUCAAUUCUGCCAACAAAUGGGUCGACAAUCACGUCUCCACCGCCAAAUACAACAUUGCUACCUUCCUCCCCAAAUUCCUCUUCGAACAAUUCUCAAAAUACGCCAAUCUGUUCUUCUUGUUCACCGCCGCCCUGCAACAGAUUCCCAAUGUCUCUCCUACCAACCGAUAUACCACCAUUGUUCCCUUGUUCAUCGUCUUGCUGGUGUCGGCCAUCAAAGAGUUGGUCGAGGACUUUAAGCGCAAGUCUUCCGACAAGCAGCUCAACGACUCGCGAGCUCGAACCCUAAAAGGCUCUGACUUUGUCGACACCAAAUGGAUCAAUGUUGCUGUCGGCGACAUUGUCCGAGUCGAGUCAGAAGAACCAUUUCCUGCGGAUCUCGUUCUGCUAGCCAGUUCGGAACCCGAGGGACUGUGUUAUAUCGAAACUGCCAAUCUCGACGGCGAGACCAACCUCAAGAUCAAACAGGCCAUUCCAGAAACGGCUCACCUCGUCAGUCCCCCCGAACUUGGGCGACUGGGAGGCCGAGUGCGAUCCGAGCAGCCCAACAGUAGCUUGUAUACCUACGAGGCCACGUUGACCAUGGCUGGCGGCAAUAUUGAGAAAGAACAUCCCCUGACACCAGAUCAACUGUUGUUGCGAGGCGCCACUCUACGGAAUACCCCAUGGAUUCAUGGUGUAGUCGUCUUCACCGGCCACGAGACCAAGCUCAUGCGAAACGCGACCGCCACUCCCAUAAAACGUACCGACGUCGAAAGAAUGCUUAACAGACAAAUCCUCAUGCUGGUGGCAAUUCUCCUUGUUCUGAGCGCCAUCAGCACCGUCGGAGAUAUCAUUAUCCGAUUGAGAGCCGGCACAAAACUGACCUAUCUGUACUAUGACAGCUUCAAUGCCGCAUCACAAUUCUUCCUGGAUAUCUUUACCUACUGGGUUCUCUAUUCGAACUUGGUCCCCAUCUCCCUGUUUGUCACGAUCGAACUGGUGAAAUACUAUCAGGCUUUCUUGAUCAAUAACGACCUUGAUAUAUAUUUUCCCGACACCGACACUCCGGCCGUGUGCCGCACCUCGUCUCUUGUGGAAGAGCUCGGCCAGAUUGAGUACAUCUUCUCGGACAAGACCGGCACACUGACCUGCAAUAUGAUGGAAUUUCGACAAUGCACGAUCGGGGGCAUUCAGUACGCUGGAGUGGUCCCCGAAGACAAAAAAGCCAAUGGCCCAGACGACACGAUAGGUAUUCACGACUUCAAGCAGCUAACAGAAAACCUCAAGAACCACACAAGCUCGGAUGUCAUCCAUCAUUUCCUGGCACUAUUGGCUGUCUGCCACACUGUGAUUCCGGAGCGGAAGGAUGAGAAGUCAGAGAUCAAAUACCAGGCCGCAUCUCCGGAUGAAGGAGCUCUCGUCGAAGGCGCCGUUCUGUUAGGGUAUAAAUUCGUGGCUCGAAAACCGCGGUCCGUCAUCAUCCAGGUGGAUGGACAGCAAUUCGAGUACGAACUUCUUGCCGUGUGCGAGUUCAACUCGACAAGAAAGAGAAUGUCGACCAUCUUCCGCUGCCCAGAUGGGAAGAUCAGAGUCUAUUGCAAAGGUGCCGAUACUGUCAUUCUGGAGCGUCUUGCCAAAGACAAUGCCAUUGUUGAUGUGACAUUGCAACAUCUUGAAGAUUACGCCACCGAAGGGUUACGAACGCUCUGUCUUGCCAUGCGUGAAGUUCCCGAGCAAGAGUUUCAAGAAUGGAAGCAGGUGUUUGACAAGGCUGCCACGACAGUUGGUGGUAACCGUGCUGAGGAGCUUGACAAAGCUGCAGAGAUCAUUGAGCACGACUUAUACCUCCUCGGGGCGACUGCCAUCGAAGAUCGACUUCAAGACGGCGUCCCCGACACCAUCCACACGUUGCAGACGGCAGGCAUCAAGGUCUGGGUUCUGACAGGCGAUCGGCAAGAGACCGCCAUCAAUAUUGGCAUGAGUUGCAAAUUGAUUAGCGAGGAUAUGACUCUCCUCAUUAUCAACGAGGAAAAUUCGACGGACACGCGCAACAAUCUCCAGAAGAAACUUGAUGCGAUCCGCAACCAGGCGGCUUCGGGCGAGUACGACACGCUGGCGCUGGUCAUCGAUGGCAAGUCCUUGACGUACGCUCUGGAGAAGGACAUGGAGACGAUGUUCCUCGACCUGGCUGUCAUGUGCAAAGCGGUUGUGUGUUGCAGAGUGUCGCCGUUGCAAAAGGCUCUUGUGGUGAAAUUGGUCAAACGUCACUUGAAAGCAUUGCUGCUGGCGAUUGGAGACGGGGCCAACGACGUUUCUAUGAUCCAAGCAGCGCACGUGGGCGUCGGUAUCAGCGGUGUUGAGGGUCUUCAAGCUGCCCGAAGUGCUGAUGUUGCGAUUGGGCAGUUUCGGUACCUGCGGAAGCUUUUGCUGGUGCACGGGGCAUGGAGCUAUCAACGGAUCAGCAAGGUGAUCUUGUAUUCGUUCUAUAAGAACAUUGCCAUGUUCAUGACACAAUUUUGGUACUCGUUCCAAAAUGCAUUCUCAGGUCAGGUCAUUUAUGAAUCAUGGACACUAUCAUUCUACAACGUCUUCUUCACCGUCCUGCCGCCCUUCGCCAUGGGUAUUUUCGAUCAGUUUAUUUCCGCACGGCUUCUCGAUCGAUAUCCCCAACUGUACCAACUCACACAGAAAGGUGUCUUUUUUCGGAUGCACUCAUUUUGGUCGUGGGUGGGUAAUGGGUUCUAUCACUCGAUCAUUGCCUACGUCUUUUCGUCGUACUUUUUCUAUAACGAUCUCAUUAUGACCAAUGGGCAAGUCGGAGGACAUUGGCUAUGGGGGACUUCCACGUAUACGGCGAUCCUUCUGGUGGUGCUGGGCAAAGCAGCUCUGAUCACCAACGUGUGGACCAAGUAUACGGUGCUGGCGAUUCCUGGGUCAUUCGUGAUCUGGCUCGUUUUCAUCCCAGCCUACGCUUACGCCGCGCCGAAUAUUGCGGGCGGGUUUUCAACUGAACUGAAUGGGAUCAUUCCUAAGAUGUUCACGUCGCCAAUCUUCUACGCCCUGUGUUUGAUAUUACCACCCGCGUGCCUUCUGCGCGACUUUGCAUGGAAAUAUGCCAAGCGCAUGUACUAUCCACAAGCAUACCACCACGUUCAAGAGAUACAAAAGUACAAUGUACAAGACUACCGGCCUCGGAUGGAGCAGUUCCAAAAGGCGGUACGAAAGGUGCGACAGGUGCAGAGGAUGCGGAAGCAGAGAGGAUAUGCGUUUUCGGCUGGAGACGAAGGAGGCCAACAGAUGCGGGUGCUCAGUGCAUACGACACGACACAGCAGCGUGGCCGAUAUGGUGAGAUGGUGAGCAGUCGAAACACGGCGACAUUCAGCUAGGAUUUGCUGGGGGGGCGCGCAUUGGUUGACUCUGGGAUACUGUACUGCGAGGAUGGAAGAGGGCAUUUUGUGAUGAUGAACGACACUUGAGACCAAGAAUUUAAUGGUACCCAAGGCAAGCAUGUGUAUGUGACAAUAUAUUGAUUUGGAAUGAGAGUUGCCAACUUUGUGUGGCGUUCGUCGACUCCGU